AAUCCCAUGAUUCAUCUCUUGCGAUCGUUCAAUAUUUUCAAAAGAGACAGAGAAUUCCUUCAAACUUGUUAAAACUGGUAAAGGGUAACUGGGAUGAUGCUUCGGGUGGAACAUUAUUCAUUCUUCGAUUAAUGGAUUUGAACUGACGCUGGAAAAAAAUCGUGUGGUGUCUAAAGGAGUGAAUUUUCUGUUUCCGAAUAAUUUUGCAACGACUAAAUGCCCUCCUAAUGUUUUUAUUCCAGAUACUGGUUUCAAAGAAAAAUGUCAAUCACGCCAAUAUUUACUGCAGUGAUUUCUCUAUAAUUGGUUGAUCAAAAUUGAUUUAAAAAAAAUAUUUCUGAAAUUAAUAGCUGUUAAUACUGGCUGAUUUCCUUCCAAACGGAUCAAUUGUGUAUUUAGACGCCUCUCUGAGACUUGUUAAUUACAAUCAUUAGAAGUGAAAGCGGAAUCUUAUAGCAACAGAUUCCGGUAAAAUUCGGUCAAAAUUUGGUUCAAACCAUUAAACCUAACACUUUUGUUAACUUUCUCCUUGCAAAAGAUUCUAAAUUGAAAUGGCCAACACUGGCUAAACAUCUUGAACAGUUUUGAAAUACUCAUUUUCAGUAAGAUUUUUUUUUUCAGUUUUGAUUUUUAAACCAACUAGGAUUUCCACACAAUGGUUCACUCGUUGGUUUUACAGACUGUUUUUAUAUCCUAUUGUUAUAUUUUAAUUCAAAUAUUACUUUGUGGCAAUAACGCGUCAGAAAUACGGUCUGAAUCAAGUUCUCGAAGAGGAAAUCUGUCCAAUCUUUUAGUAAAGGACCGUCUUCUGGAAACACGUCACGGAGUAGAGUCAGCCAUUUAUUGUAGUAUUUUGUGCCUUGACAGCAAUCCCUGUGUUAGCUUCUUUUAUUCACCACUUUCUUCUGAAUGUCGACUACAUUCCAUUACUCUAGGAAAGGUUUCAGGGGCUGUGACUGACAUUGGUUCUCAGUACUUUGUGUCACAGAGAGGCAUUGGCUAUAUAGGGGACACAUGUAGAAAUCAUUCAGACUGUGUCACUGGGAACUCUGAGUGUCGGAGCGGGCAUUGCUGGUGUGGGGCGGGGUACAGCUUCAACCCCAGACUGAAAUCUUGUGACGCAAAUUGCUCACUCGGAUACAGUGAUCAGUACAUGUUAUACAGUCGCCAUUUCCUCCAUCAAAACAACAGAGUGGAACAUGUUAAUGUUACCCUGGAUCAAUGUCGCGAACUUUGCACCUCUGAAGCAGCUUUUACCUGCAAGACUUUCGAGUAUGGUUAUCUAUCAGAGAAAUGUAGUUUACAGGAAGUGACAUAUUUAGAUGUGCCCGGAAGUUGGUAUGAGGACAAGUACUAUUUUGAAUUUGAUUACUACCAAAGAGAUUGUUUGUAAAUCUUUGAAUAGAAUUAAGAGUAUUUUACACUGUUUACACGAUGGACAAUCCUUGAUUUUUGGAUUGCAAGUUCGAUUCUGUAUAUUUUAAGAAACAUUUUUAGUUUGUGAAUACAUGAAUUUAUACUGAAUUUUUUUAUUGUAAAUAUCACAUUUUCAACAUUGAAUUAUUGUGAACAUUUUAUUUUCACAUAUAGUCUUCAGCACACGUUGGUUUACGUGAUGAAAUAAAAUAAUGAAAUUAUUUUUAUGCUGCAUUUCAAAAAAUUAGACUUAGGUUGUGUGUGUGAGGGUGUGGGUGUGUGAGAGAGAGAGGGUGUGUGCAUGUGUGUGUACGUGUGUGUUAUAAAAAAUAUUAGACUAGACAAUUAUUUGCAGAUAAUUUUAAGGAAA